CACUUGGCUUGUUCUAACCUUAAAACAUCGAGGAUGACUUGGAUUCGCUAGGUUGACUUACCAAUAUCGGUAUCUAAUAUGGCCGUCAUAUAUCAGUAGGGGGCGCUGUCACGGACAAUUCAAAUACAAAAUAACUUGUAAAAGAAAAUUCAUGAACAUAUAGGAAAGGGAAGAAGCUAUUAAAAAAAUGUUUUGAAUACAUUUACACAGGAAUAACGAUAUAUAAUGGAAAAAAAUAACGAUCGAUAUCUGGCCUUGACCUUUGAGUUUGACAUUGCAAACUGACUGCUGCUGCCGCGACGCCAGCUGAUACAAAAGCAUUGACAGUGGAAACUUGGACAUUGCGUGUUUUCUCAAAGCUGUCCAAAAUUGACUGACUGUGAAAAUUUGGUCUAUGGGGGAUGAAUGAAUGACCAAAUAUGGCAUCCAACCAUCGCACAAGUACAACAGAAAUCGAGCAGCGAUCCACUGAAGCAUUUCUGAGAGGGAAGGUGAAAGAGCUGGAGGAUGAGGUGGCUCGCCUCAAGAAGAGACUCGAUGACCUUCGGAGGGCCAAAAACACCACCGUGCAUAAGAGGGAACGUGAGGUCAUACAUGUUGGCGCUCCCUUUGGCAGACGGUAUGAUGGUAGCUUCCCAGCAGUGGAAGUUAAUUGCUACAUGUCAAGAAAAGAGAGAAAGUCUGAGAUGAAGAAAGAUGGCGUUGAUAAUCCAGCCAAAGACAUGGAAGAGUUGAGGAAACACUUUGCUGCAGAACUGGAAAUAGUGAAGACACAAUACGCACAGGACUCCAAGUGUGACCAUGAGGCUGAGCUGGCCCGUCUGAGGGUGGAGCUGAGUGACGCUGAGGGUGAGAAUGCUGCACUGAGGGUGGAGAGCCAGCAGCUGAGGGAGAGGGUGGACACCCUGGCUACCGACCUCAGCAUCAAGGAGGCGGGCUGGUGCGAGAAGGAGGAGAAGCUCAAGAUCGAGCUGCAGCGAUCCUGGGGUGAGAAGUAUCGACAGUGGAUGGAGUCGACGGAGUCAAAGAUAGCAGAGCUUCAGCAGACCAAUGCCUUACUACGUGGAUAUUUGAAGAAACAGAAGCCAGGUGAAUCUGACCCCUCAGGACAAGAUCAAGAAUAAUAUUAGGUUGCCAUGGAUACAGAUGAAUGAACGUUUUUCUUCAUGACUGAGUGAUUCCAAGAAAACUUAUUUUUUUAUUAUUGUUACCAGAAAAACUCUGCAACAGAACUGUGAUAUUUUGAUUUGAGCCAAAACCCAGAGGAGAUAGCAAUUCAUGAUCUAUUUUGAUAUUUUUAUGCCCCCGAUUGUCGGCAGUCUCGAUCCAGUGAUGGAAGAUGAUAUGUCAAUCGAUCACUUGCCCAUAUAUUUGUCUGCGAGAUCUCCUGCUGAUCUAACUGUUCUAACAAACUAUCCUUACAAAAAUGGCCUCCAUUGUAUGGCAGACAUGGGAAGAGACAAGAGACAUUGCAAACGAUGUAUCAAAAUAUCAGUGUUUGCCAUUGUUUGUCCUACAUUUGUCCUAUGUAGAUGUUGAUGACCAAGGAUUAGAGUUACUUCCCUUUGGUUUGAAUUGCAACAGGGAGAAAAAUGGCUGACUUUGACAUUGUUGGCAAUAUCUCAUUCCUAUUACAUUGAUUAAUAUAAUUAUGAAGCCUUAAAGUUGGUUUAAUACUAUCACGAUACUAUUGCAAUAGUUGACAACUAUCGCAAUAGUAUUACAAUAGUGUCAAGUACUAUUGCAUUACAAUCGCAAUAGUGAAAGGAGCCCAGAUAGUCGCUUCUAAUCUAACCCUGACUUUUCCACACAACAUUGAUCUCAGAACACACUCACUACCUCUAAGCUUAAUGUACCAUACUACAUCACCAAUCCUUGUGGUAUGUGUAAUUUGUCAUGCUUUCUUGGGAUUAAUGUCGAUAAACUGUGGGUACUUCUAGAUGAUGUGGGGGUGGUCGGGUAGCCUAAUUGUUAAAGUGUUAGCUCGUCACGCUGAAGACCCAGGUUCAAUUCCCGACAUGGGUACAAUGUGUGAAGCCCAUUUCUGGUGAAUUUGGAAUUAUAUCACGGAAGAUUAGCCACCGGUCCCACAUUCCACACUGCUCUGUCCCAAAUACCCUCUCAAAAGCCCCGUCCCACACUCCACACUGCUCUGUCCCAAAUACCCUCUCAAUAGCCCCCGGUCCCACAUACCACACAGCUCUGUCCCAAAUACCCUCUCAAUAGCCCCCGGUUCCACAUUCCACACUGCUCUGUCCCAAAUACCCUCUCAAUAGCCCCCGGUCCCACAUACCACACUGCUCCAUCCCAAAUACCCUCUCAAUAGCCCCCGGUCCCACAUUCCACACUGCUCCGUCCCAAAUACCCUCUCAAUAGCCCCCGGUCCCACAUUCCACACUGCUCCAUCCCAAAUACCCUCUCAAUAGCCCCCGGUCCCACAUUCCACACUGCUCCAUCCCAAAUACCCUCUGUCCCAAAUACCCUCUCAAUAGCCCCUGGUCCCACAUACCACACUGCUCUGUCCCAAAUACCCUCUCAAUAUACCCCGGUCCCACAUACCCUCUCAAUAGCCCCCGGUCCCACAUACCACACUGCUCUGCCCCAAAUACCCUCUCAAUAGCCCCCGGUCCCACAUACCACACUGCUCUGUCCCAAAUACCCUCUCAAUAUACCCCGGUCCCUCAUACCCUCUCAAUAGCCCCCGGUCCCACAUACCACACUGCUCUGCCCCAAAUACCCUCUCAAUAGCCCCGUCCCACAUAACACACUGCUCUGUCCCAAAUACCCUCUCAAUAGCCCCCAGUCCCACAUUCCACACUGCUCUGUCCCAAAUACCCUCUCAAUAGCCCCCGGUCCCACAUUCCACACGGCUCUGUCCCAAAUACCCUCUCAAUAGCCCCCGGUCCCACAUUCCACACGGCUCUGUCCCAAAUACCCUCUCAAUAGCCCCCGGUCCCACAUACCACACUGCUCCGCCCCAAAUACCUUCUCAAUAGCCCCGUCCCACAUACCACACUGCUCUGUCCCA